AUGGCGUACCGCCGCGCCCACAUGUCCGUCAUGACACUCAACUGCAGGGGAUUAAAUAUUCCGGAACGACGUACACACCUCCUGAGGGUGUUGCGUCAGAAACGCACGUCCAUAGCGUUGCUGCAGGAAACUCACUUCAAGGAAGGUGCGGCCCCCAAGCUUCGCAACGCCUAUUACCCCCUAAACUUCUACAACAAUCAAACGCUGGCUCGCCAAGCGGGAGUGGCUAUCUUGAUAGCGGCAGACCUAGGUUUCCGGGAACUGGACAGAAUGGCCGAUGACCAGGGACGCUUCCUCUUCCUUAAGGGAGUAAUAGCCGACAGAGUGUACACUCUUGCAUCCAUAUAUGUGCCUAACUCCAGGCAAGCUCCAUUCCUCAGGGGCACGCUACGUAAGCUGCAGGGAUUCUCGGAGGGAGCAUUGAUCGUGGGGGGUGACCUUAAUGUCCCUCUGGAACCGCUUAUAGACUCAUCCACUGGACACUGCUGCCUCCCACAGUCCCAUAUCAGAUCCAUACGCAAAUCCUUGGGGGAGCUUACACUGGUUGACUGUUGGAGGACAAUGCAUCCUGCCGAUAAAGACUACACCCACUACUCUGCCAUACAUGACCGCUACUCCCGGAUCGAUUACAUCCUGAUUAAACAAGAAGGAUUAUCUCGACUACGAAAAACAUCUAUGGAACCGGCCACGUGGUCAGAUCACGGAUCGGUCCAGAUAGAGCUGGAAUCCCAGCUCUUCAAACCGGCGAUUCGGACGUGGCGCCUGAACGAAUUACUGCUCCAGGAUCCCACGGUAAGAAACGAGAUCUCCCAAGCGCUGGAACGCUACUUUGAAGAGAAUGGGUCGGGGGAUAUGUCUCCGGUGACUGUGUGGGAGGCCCACAAAAGUGUCAUACGCGGCUCUCUUAUCGGCAUUGCAACCCGCAAGAGGAGGGAGGCCACACGCAAUAUGACCGAACUUUAUGGCACCAUAUCGCGCCUGGAACUCCAGCACAAACGCUCUCAGAUGGUCACGAUCUAUAGAGAUCUCAUGGAAGCCAGGCGAAACUUGAAAGCCCUCCUCACACAAAGGUACCUCCGCUCGAUGCAAACAUCGAAAUCCUUUUUCUACACCCACGCGAACAAAGGAGGAAAGUUUCUUGCUCGCCUCCUGAGAGGAGAAAUGGCUCGCACUCAGGUGAGGAAACUCUGUCUGACAUCCGGCAAGGUCUCUCAGCACCCGGAGGAUAUAGCCGGGGAAUUCCGGGCAUAUUAUAAUUCUCUAUAUAACCUACAUUCCCAGGAUAGCCCAAUUCACAGAAGGGACUCAUCGCAACAUACUCAGACAUACCUACAGGAACAC